UUGUACAAUCAAAAUGGGUGCGAUCUUUUGUGCUUUAUUGCUGGCAAUGCAAUUGACAUUUAUUCAAUCGGCAAUACCCCGUGUGUAUAUUAAAUGUAGUGUUUGGGACUCUGGCUGCCUAGCCAGACAAGCUCAAAUAAAAGUGCCCGCCCUUACCUCUGGAAUACCCGAGCUCUUCACCGAAAUAUUGGAUCCCAUGCUAGUGAACUUCGCCCGUGUAAACCUCGCCGGUUUAAAAAUGGAUUUGAACAAUGCCGUCAUUCAAGGACUCAAGAACGCUGUUAUUGAUAGAAUUAAUAUUGACACAGCAUCGCGCCAAAUACAAUUAGUGUACCAUACCGAUCUUACGAUGAAAUCCCGGUAUAGUGCUCAAGGAAGUAUCCUCAAUUUGCCAUUUAAUGGAGAUGGGGAAGCUGUAAUAUCAGCAAAAAAAGUGCAUAUGGAGUACCUAAUGCCGUUUGAUAUAUCAAAAGACGCUUUUGGCAGAGAUGUAAUUGAUCUGAAGGGACUGCAAUACUGGUUCGACGUUAAGGACAACGUGCGGUUUGACUUCACUAACUUGUUCUAUGGAAACAAGGGACAGAGUGAUUUAAUGCAUCAAUACCUGAAUACAAACUGGAAAUCAGUUGCAUUAACCUACGGACGAUCAGUAUUUGACGUGCUGAAUAUGAAAAUCUUCAACGCAAUUAAAUCAUAUCUUCUUUCGCAGCCAAUUGAAGAAAUAUUUCUAAAUUAGAUUACAGUUUUGAAUUUAUGCACUAUAAAUAUAUACUUUUACUAACUUUUAAUUAACAUAUUAUUGCAAAAAAGCUCUCUCAGCUUCAUGUUCAAAUAAUACAAUAACGUCUUCAAAAUGUUUUCAUUGAUUGGCACAUUUAACAGGAAAAAAAUAUUGUUUCACAAAAACCCGAAUCUGCUUGCUUCCGCUUUGGUAAACGUGAUUCUUUUUAAUAAUACCGAAAUAGCAUACAAGUGAAUGUUUUAAUUUUUUUAUAUUCAAAGUGCUAAAUGUCGUCGAUUAUUUUAAAAGCAUUAAGAUGUAU